AUGUCCAAGCACAGCUACUGCGAGGAGAAGAUCGACCUGAUCGAGCAGGGAAAGCUGGCGCCAAACGGACCAUCGCAGAAGAAGGUUUACGAGGGCAGGGACUUUGGCAAGAGAACCACCCGCAGCGGUGCGUCUGGAUAUCAGGAUGACUGGAAGAAGCGACGUGACCAAGACCAGAAGGGUGGAUUCAGAGAGGCCGCGGAGGUCGUGGUGUCUGUGGUCGAGGUGGUCUUGGCGGUCAGUUUGACUAAAGUAGCCAUCACUCCUAUCUCGCGUAUUCGUUGUGAAGCUCCCUACCGUGUCGACUCUAGGAGAGGUUAUGCGGAGAAGGGCGACGGAAGAGGCGGCAAAAACCAGCUUCCACGUGCCCACGAUCACAACCUCAACGGCUAUGAGUUUUCCACAUCUAACUAUGUUUGUUGA